UGAAAGCUUGGUUUUCGUACUUGAAGCAAAAUUUGCAGAUUCCAACAUUUGUUGAGCAACAAUUCAAUCAAAUCAUGAAUAAAAUUGGGUUUUUAACACAGUCAGAUGGAUCAAGUGAAUGGAAACAAGGGUCAACUCGCGUUAUUUGUAAUGUUAAUGGUCCAAUUGAAAUUAAAAUUCGCGACGAGAAACUAAAUAAGGCUUCUGUGGAGGUUUUGGUUCAACCCAUGAAUGGAGCCUCUGAAACACUCGAGAGAAUGCUUUCCAACAGAAUAUCCAGUCUUUUAGAAGAUGCCAUCUAUUUGACCACUUAUCCUAGGACAUUGAUUCAGGUGUCGAUACAGGUUGUUGAAGGAAACUCGCAGGAUACGCUUGCGGCUGCAAUCAAUGGAGCUACACUGGCACUUUUGGACGCCGGUAUUUCCUUAAAGUACCUUCCAAGUGCGAUAACUUGUCACUGGAAGGAUCCCUUGGGCUUCAGCGAGUUUAAGAAUGUGACCGCCGAAGAACCAACAGAGAUGAUGAGUUCCAUAAUUAACUUGGCUUACAGCGUAUCUAUGCAGGAAAAAAAAUUGAUUCUCGUUGAAACUUCUGGGACAAUUCCUGAUGAAGAAUUCUUUUUGGUGCUAAGCAAGUCCCCAGCGCAUGUUGAUAAGAUCACUCAGGAAAUGAAGACCCUGUUCAUGAAUGCUUACAAUAAAGACCUACCUAUUGGCGAAAAGAAAGAAGAAGAGGAAGAAGAUGUAAAAAUGAAGGACUAAACAGAGAAAAUCGCUUAAUAACAUUUUAUCGCUGUUCUCCUGUUUUGAAACAUCAGUGAAUCGUCGAUCUUUUUUUACUUUUUUUGGAUAUUCUGCUUUUUACUUUUACUUUUAUCGAUGAUUAGAUGGAUUCUGUUAAUGAAAUGUAUAGGGAUUCUUAGGGCUGGAAGACUGCUGCUGCUGCAUGAUUAAAAUAAACCCUCACUCAACCUAUCGUAAUUGAGCUUCUACACACAUAAUAAGCUGCUUUCACA